GAAAAUGAGAAAACUAUAGUUUAGUUGGGCUGGUUGCGGGUGAGUUAGCGGAAAGCCAGAGAGAGAGGCGGUGUGACCGAGGCAGAGGCAGAGGCAGAGAGCAGCGGCGGCGAGUGAUGGCGGAGGUGUCGAUGUGUAGGAGGAGUCCGGAUGAAGAGAGGAUUUUGAUAAAAGACAUUGCUUUGGCUGCCGAAGCCAAAUCCAAAGAGGGCGAUACCUUCUUCUUGAUUACCCAAAGAUGGUGGCAACAUUGGAUUGAUUAUGUGAACCAAGAACAACAGCCCGAUGUCUCAGAGCAUUGUGAUUCAAGUAGCUUCAAGAGGCCUGCUGGUAUUGAUAAUUCCGAUUUGAUAUCCGACGACGCCAUUGAGAUACAGGAUACUUUAUUAGAAGGCCGUGACUAUGUGUUGCUCCCGCAACAAGUUUGGAACCAGUUGCAUACAUGGUAUGGAGGUGGGCCAACAUUACCCAGGAGAGUCAUUAGUUCAGGUCCUUCUCACACAGAGAUGGCUGUUGAAGUCUACCCUCUGCGUCUCCAAUUGCUUGUGGUGCCAAAAGGCGGCCUCUCGACUAUAAGAAUAAGCAAGAAAGAAACAAUUGGAGAGCUUCACAGAAGAGCUUGUGAAAUCUUUGAUCUUAGCCCGGAACAAGUAUGCAUUUGGGAUUUCUAUGGACGCAAGCAACAUGCCCUCAUGACCGACAUUGAUAAAACACUUGAUGAUGCGAAUAUACAAAUGGACCAGGAUAUUCUGGUGGAGGUCCUUAGUCCUGACAAUGGUACGAGACCGAGUGGAUACACAAGUUCUGUUCGUUACGAUGGAUCUUUAGAAAAGGAAGCUGCCUCAGUUCUUGUAGAGCCUUCUAAGUCAAGCUUGUCGAUUGCUGGAGGUUUAUCUGCAAGCAAGGGUGCAUCAAGAAGCUAUAACACAGAGCUUGCACAAAGUCAAAGCCUGACUUCAGUUAGAGAAUUGGAUACUACUUAUGGGACAAUCGGUGUUAGUACAAGAGGUUCGUCUGGUGGUUUGACUGGGUUGCAGAACCUAGGGAAUACUUGUUUUAUGAACAGUGCUAUACAAUGCCUUGUUCAUACACCAGAGUUCGCCAGAUAUUUUCGGGAAGAUUAUCAUCAAGAGAUAAACUGGGAAAACACUCUGGGUAUGCGCGGUGAGCUAGCUCUAGCAUUCGGCGAAUUACUGCGGAAGCUUUGGGCACCCGGACGAACACCAGUUGCUCCUCGACCUUUUAAAACAAAACUUGCUCGUUUUGCCCCCCAAUUCAGUGGUUACAAUCAACAUGAUUCUCAGGAACUUUUGGCUUUUUUGCUAGAUGGUCUUCAUGAAGAUCUGAAUCGUGUGAAACAGAAACCUUAUAUAAAAUCUAAAGAUGCUGAUGGUCGGCCUGAUGAAGAAGUUGCUGAUGAAUAUUGGGCAAACCACAUUGCUCGUAAUGAUUCCAUAAUCGUCGAUGUAUGCCAAGGCCAAUACAAAUCAACUUUGGUUUGCCCCAUUUGUAACAAAGUCUCUGUUACAUUUGAUCCCUUCAUGUACCUAUCAUUGCCCCUGCAGCCCACCACAACUAGAACAAUGACAGUAACAGUCUUUUCAUGCAAUGGAAGUGCGUUGCCAUCUGCUUACACUGUUACAGUUCCAAAACAGGGACGUUGCCGGGACUUGAUCCAGGCACUUAGCAAUGCUAGCUCUGUGAAGCACAGUGAGAGGCUUUUGCUUGUUGAGAUACAAAACCACAUGAUUCAGCGAUUUCUGGAAGACCCAUUAAUAUUAUUAUCUACCAUCAAAGAUGAUGAUCAUCUUGCUGCUUACAAGGUUCAAAAGUCAGCAAAGAACACAAAAUAUCUUCAGUUGAUACACCGUCGUAAGGACCAAGGAACUAGUGAUGGCCAUAUCACAUCAGGAUGGCUACCUUAUGGAACACCUCUUCUGUCGGCUAUCUCAUGUGAUGAUGAAAUCACAAGAGGCAACAUACAGAACAUGGUUCAUACAAUGCUUUCUCCAAUGCUAAGAACUGAGAGUUUGGAUCAUACUGAUAUAUCUGGUGCAAGAUCUGCAAUAGCGGCAUCAAACCCCUCUGGAAACUUGCGUGGUGAAGCAUGUACUGAUUCCGCUAUAUCCAAUUCAAUGAAUAAUGAUAUCACCAGUUCUAAGCCAGUGAAAUCACUAAAGUUGUCUCUUCAGUUGGUGGAUGAAAGUAACGCAUGCAUUGAUCUCUCAGUGGGGGAAGAGAAAGCUAUCACAUUGCCUUCGGCAUCAACAUCAAUACUAGUAUAUGCUGAUUGGUCACAGAAGCUUUUAGAUAAAUAUCAUACCCAUUAUCUGGAAAACUUGCCAGAAGUUUUUAAGUAUGGACCUGUAACAAAGAAAGCCCGCACUGAACCUCUCUCCUUGUACACUUGCCUUGAAGCAUUUCUACGUGAAGAACCACUGGUGCCUGAAGAUAUGUGGUACUGUCCCCAGUGCAAGGAGCGGCGACAAGCAAGUAAAAAGCUAGAUCUUUGGAGGCUUCCCGAAGUGUUAGUCAUCCAUCUAAAGAGGUUCUCGUACAGCAGGUCAAUGAAGCAUAAACUGGAAACAUUUGUCAACUUUCCCAUUCAUGACUUUGAUCUAACCAAUUACAUUGCUCACAAAAGCAACUCUGGACAUCAGCUUUACGAACUCUAUGCUUUGACCAAUCAUUAUGGUAGCAUGGGUAGUGGGCAUUACACUGCACAUAUCAAGCUUCUUGAUGAGAACAGAUGGUAUAGUUUUGAUGACAGUCAUAUAUCACCCAUAAAUGAAGAAGAUGUGAAGUCAGCUGCAGCAUAUGUACUGUUUUAUCGCCGGGUAAAGAGUGAAGAUUCCUUUGUUAGCAAUGGAGUCCUAUCCUGUGGAGGUGACAACAAAGUUGCCUCAGACAAGUAGUACUGAACGAAGCAGUGAUUUAUUUGUAAUUUUAAGUAUUUUAUUGUCUUGUUUACUAAUCAUUAUGCGCCUGUUGGGCCUAUCACUGCUAGGUUAUCUAACUUGAGUGUUAAUGUUAGUAUCAAAUGUUUAGGGUUUUAGUAAUAUCAUAGAGAUUUUUUUUAGUAAAUAUCAUUAUCUUCUUUAAA